AUGGCGCGUAAAUGCAAACAAACUGUCACUGCUGGUUUCUACAAGGAGCUACAUGAAAAGGAAGAAUUUGUUGAAGAAAAUGAUCAAUGUUUGGUAGUUAGUGGUAAUGAAACUGAUGUAUAUGAAGUGGAGAGUUCAAGAUUUAGAUCAAGUGUCUUUUCUUUAUCGACAGAAUUUAUUGAUCGCUCGCUAUUCUGUGACACAUGGGUGCUAGAUGAUGUCUCUGUUCCUUUUAAGUACAAUGGACGGUUGAGGAUCAUUUACGAAGAAGAUUUUGAUGACAGUGAAAGCAUUUCUCCUGGAUGGGACAUUACAAAUGAAAUCCAAUCAAAAGAUUUGAUGGAGUGCUCUGAGAAAGAUGAUGGCUGCUUGUAUUUUGAUGAAGGGAUUGAGAUGUCAACUCAUCAAGCUGUUUCUCCCAUCAUAACGAUUAGUCUCAUUGUACCAGUACAACUACCAAUACCCAUUUAUUAUGAAAUAGCAUGUCAGCCUACUGAAGAAAUAUCGGCUACCGUUAGCUUCCUAUUGCAUUUAAGACAGUUUGUCCAAGCAACCCCCACUACUAAUUUCUUUCCUAAUAUCAUCCUUCUCAGUCUAGUAGCAUCAGGUGCUGGCCAGUAUACUAAUACACAAUUAGCUUAUUAUGCCCCAGUAGGUAACAAGUAUUGGACUAAUUUCAAUACUACGCAUCUCAAUGGUGUACCUAUAUAUUCACCUAAUCCUAUGCAAUACACUGUAGUCUCAUUCUGUAUACACAAGAACACUGAACUAGUAUCAUUAAUAUGGACACAAAAAACUACAUUUCUAACUAUGAUAUUUGGAGUAUUAGCCAACCAACUGUAACAUUGGAACAAAUAACUUUUACAUCUCUGAAUUACACUAAUGGUGAUAUAUCUAACCAGUCAGUGUGUACUGGUCCUAUGCUAUUAAUGGAUAAAGGAGAUGGACUCAUACCUUGUGUUGCUAAUGUCACUUUUAUCAUGAACAACAGCUUGAGUUCAGGAGGAGGAUACAACUGUAGAAUAUGCUUCCAAACUACCAUCUGUGAGACAGCUUGUACUAUUACAAUUAUGGUAUGAUAACAAUUGGAGGCUACAUGUAGCGUAAUUAUGUUCUCUUCUUAAAUGAGGCCUCAUGUACACAUUAUUGGGAAACUCUGGAAGAAUGGUAACCUCACGACUAGUGAAAAACUCUGUUUUUUGAACAAAUAUAGUAAUCAUACAGCAGAGUCUGAAACUGUUAGUUUAAUGCAUGUUUGACUAAAUGUGCAUGCAUAUACAUGUACAUGUAUAUGCAUAUACAUGUUGUUAUUAUUUAUAAUC